AUGCCCCAAAACAGAGCAGCCUGGCAGAACGCCCUCGCCACACCUCUUGUCAUCCAACCAGCUCCCUACACCUCCCCCCAUGCCUCCGAACUCGUGAUCGCCAAUCACGCAAUCGCCGUCAACCCCGCCGACCACGUCCUCCAGACGGCCGGGCUGGACGCAUUCGCCUACAUCAGCUACCCCUUCAUCUUCGGUGAGGACGUCGCAGGCACCGUGACCGAAGUCGGCAGUGCAGUCACGCGCUUCAAAGUCGGUGACCGCGUGCUCGCCAUUUGCCUCGGCACCGUCACGAACAGAGCCUCAGAGGGCGCUUUUCAGGCGUAUUCGAUAGUCGCGGAACACAUGACCUCCCCUAUCCCAGAGUCUAUGAAGUUUGAAGAAGCAGCUAUCUUUCCCCUGGGGUUGACGACGGCCGCUUCUGGCCUUUUCCAGAAGGAUAGGUUGGCACUGCAAUAUCCAUCUGCCCAUGCCGAACCAACGGGUCAGGCUUUGCUUAUCUGGGGUGGCGCGAGUAGUGUAGGCUGCAACGCCAUUCAAUUAGCCGUCGCGGCAGGCUAUGAGGUCUUUGUCACCGCUUCCCCAUCCAACUUCGACCUGGUCGAAAGGCUUGGCGCAAGUCAGGUCUUCGACUAUCACAGCUCUAGCGUCGUCGACGACAUCGUUGCCACUCUCAAGGACAAGAUGAUCGCUGGCGCUCUCAACGCCGCUCCCGGCGGCACCGAACCCUGUCUGACCAUUCUCGAGAGAUCUAAAGGCAAUAAAUUCCUGGCAACGGCUUCUCUGCCCAAGCCUGAGAUUUUGCCAGAGGGUGUGAAGGUGGAAUUCGUCCAGUCUACGAAUAUCAGGGACACGGAGGUGAGUAAAGUCGUCUUUGAGGAUUUCCUGCCCGAGGCGCUGGCGCAAGGGAAAUUCGUGGCGGCGCCGGAACCGAGGGUUGUUGGUCAUGGCCUCGAGUUCGUGCAAGAGGCGCUGGAUGUUUUGAAGAAGGGUGUCUCUGCCAGUAAGCUGGUCGUCACCCUCUAA